AACUAAUAAUAUCUACAUUUUUAAAUUCUGGUGCAUAUUUGUUUAAAUCUAGGUUUUUAGGCGACAUUAGAAUUAAAAUGUAUUCAUCGGACUCGGACUCCCCAGCUGUCUGUGACGAGGAUGAAGAGGGAAAACUUUAUCAAUUGGUUUUUGAAUUGGGCACCAGUAAUAACGAGGAUGAGGGAAAGGAGGAGGUUCAAAUCCCAUCCAGCUCCGAGAACUCACCUGAGUAUCAGGAAACUGAUGAUGAAAGGAUGUAUGCAGUUGGCAGCUCUAAUCCUGUCGAAUGUUCAACGGUUGAUAAUACAUAUGGACUUGACACUGAUGCAUUGGACAAUAACCAAGCAGUCCCAGUACGGAAGGAAAAGCCAUGGAGGAAACCUGGUGCUGACAUCACAGAUUACUUUAACUAUGGUUUUGAUGAAGAAAGCUGGAAUGCCUACUGCAAGAAACACGCCAAAGCCCGAGCAGCAAGGAAAAAAAUGUACACUAAAAUCAAGGUCCAGGAGAGGCAGACUGGAUAUGAAGAAGAGUCCUGUCCUCAUUCUCUCCCAGGCAGCUCACCUAUACUAUCCUCGAGCAGUGAGUCAAGAGCUACCCUUGAUGUGAUUGGAGGACGACCUGGAUCCAGAGGCAGAGUGGAAGGGAUCCAAUGUUUCAGUGAUGAAGAAAACAUUUCUCAGGUGAUUACUGAGAUGUCAUCCGAGGAGGAUUUAUCCACUUCUCAUCAUCUGCCCUCUUCAUCCAACUUCAGUUCUCCCUUUGCAUAUACCCCUCCACCACCUUUCCUUUACCGACCAGGAACCCCUGCUUCCUCCGCUUUUGCUUCUUCGAACAGUCAACACUCUAAAGGCUUUGAUGAACCCUCAACUUCACAGCGCAGGUUAUCAUCAGGUGCAUCAUCCUUAAUCCCAAGAGGUAUGGCCUCCAACGCUGGAGUGAUUAACACCGCCAAGGCUUGGGAACGCUACAUAUGGCAGGAAAAGUGUGACACGGCCAGAGACAGAUCCAGAGACGGAGAGCACAGCUGUGAUGAAGACAGUCAUAGAGACAGAGACAGGGAGAGGCGUUCUUCUACACACAGCGGGGAGGAGCGAACGAGGCGCAGGGACACAACGGAGCGAGGGCACAAACACCACAGUUUGGCUAGAUCCAGUGGAGAGAAAAAAGACAAACGGCACAGAGAGAGGAGGCACGGAGACAACAACGAAGGAGGCAGCAGCAGAAAGGAAAGGAAGAAUGGUGGUGAGGAAGGAGAGAGUCAGAGUAGAAAGAAAAGGAAAAGGGCCAGGAAAAAGAGGAAGGAAAAGGAGACCAACAAGAUGUCCUCUGCUGACCAAGAGAGGAAAUUAAAGUCUGACUGACAGUCAGUCUCUCAGACUAUUUAAUGAGAGGAACUGCCUUGUGGCAUCCUACUCUGUUUUAUCAGAAAAUGUGAUUUUUAUUAGAAUUUUAUUGGAGAAG